AUGCUGCUGUCAAAUAUCCCCAACUAUUUAUCUCUAUUGUCAUUCAAUCCCGCCAAGCCAAACCCCACCACGCCUGUCACUGAGAUCAAAAGCCAAGAUGACUAUGAAAAAUUCCUUAAGAAGUACAAAGUCGUCAUCAUCAAUGCAAAUGCUUCAUGGGCUUGUCCCUGCAAGGCCAUGAGCCCUAUCUACGAGAGGCUCUCCAACCAAAUCCCUUACAACCCGGAAUACUUCGCCCUCACCAAACUCGACAUCGACGAAGUAUCCGAUGUUGCUGAAAAGCUUGAUGUUCCAGGUAUCCCGUUUUAUAUGGCUUACGAGGAUGGAAAGAGGAAGGAUAAUAUCUUAAUGCCUGGCCUGAGUACACUCCAGAAGUUUCUUAUUUCGUGGUCUGAUAAGGCUCAUGAGCUGGGGAAGGAGCCAGAAAAGAAGUGA